AUGGACCGCACAGACCCAGAGGGUCGCCAAGCACAAAGAACAAUGUCUCUAGAAAACUCCAAUGCUAACUCAACAGGGAAGACCCCACGGGUGGCUUUCAGCCAUGCAAGUGAAUCUUCCAACCGCAUUAUGAAACCAUCAACGACUCCAGUUUCCUCAGUCUCAAAGAAUGGGACAGUCACCACCGUGAAACCCAUAGUAACAUCUAAAAUGACAACACCAGGGGUCUCAACAGAUAUAACUUCCACCACCUUAGAGUCUACACCCCAAAUAACAAGUGUUUCAAAAAACAUCCCGGAUGUCUCAACAUCCACAAUGACUACAACCCACAGUAGUUCGGUGACAUUUGUUUCUUCAUCAGUAACAAUUACAGCAACUAUUAACUCUAAAGAAAAUAAGAGAUCAAAAUCUGAUACUGGCAGCUUUGUUGGUAGUAUUGUAUUAAAUUAUGGAAUUUAAUCUAUGCUUUACAUUGGAUGCAAAAUAUACUAUUCAAGAAGAGGCAUUUGUUAUAUACCCAUCUGUGAACAUGAUGCCAUCAUUUAA